AUGCCCUCCUGGACUGCAGCGAAGCCAGUUCCAAACUGGCCGGUAGAGCAGGAGACGCAGGCGUCUGGCGUGACGAAGCCUGCUGGCGCUUCGCCGGCACCAGAGGCCAGAAAGAUCUCCGCAAACGGCAACGCUUUCGUCUCCGCUGCUCCAGCCAAUGCUGGCGCCAAGCCAGCCAUCGCUUACCGUGCUUUCCCAGGAAGCGGUGGCGUCAGGGGGCCUGCAGUUAACAUCAUACCUGGUCUGCGGCCCCCGCAGCUGCAGCAGCCAAAGGGUAACGCCAUGAUGAUGGACAGUGGCUACGGCAACUCGAUGUACCGCCCCAGCAACAUGAGAGGCUAUGCCAGCAUGUGCGACUUUGGCGGCAUGAGCUCGACGCAGCCACCGGGCUUCAUGUACGGUAAUCGGAAUGGUAUGGCCAGCGGCUCCGGCUCCAUGGGUGGGGGCCAGGACGGCAUGGGUGGCUACGGCUCUAUGGCUGGCGGCGUUUCGAUUUACGGUGGGAUGGGUUGCAAAUCGAUGGUCUCCUUGUACGGGAUGGGUGGUUCGAUGAACUGGAUGUACGGCAUGGGCGGCAACCCAAUAGGCUCCCUAUACGGCAUGGACGGUCCGGUGGGCUUCAUGUAUGGCAUGGGGUGCCCGACGGGUUCCAUGUACGGCAUGGGCGGCAUGGGCUACAUGAUGGCCCGCUCCAUGAGCUUCUCCUCCUACGGUGGCCAAAGCAUCUACGGCUCGAUAGGCGGCAACUCGCUCAUGAAGAUUGGUGACAGCGCUUACAGCAUUGGCGGCAUGUGGAGUACGGAGCCGGGCUCCCAGGUGCGUCGGCACCCCGACUGCGACAUGCCAACUGUGGCAAAGGCUCUGCAGGACGACGAUGAGACGCGCAGGUGCCUGGUUCCCACUACGGCAACAAUGCAGAGGGGUGCGGACAACCAGCUGCCCAUGAAAGGUGCUGCUACUGCCGCGACCAACGGCGCCAAGGCCGCAGAAGAGUACGAGAAGGUGGCGAGCGGCGACAAGUCGAAGUUGGAGGGGGACGACCACGUGGACGAGAGAGUGAAACAGGAGACUAAGUCGCGGGCGAGGUCCUCGCCGCCGGCCGUCCUCAACAGCGAAGUCUCCGCUGCAAAAGCCAACGAGGACAAGGACGGGGUCACCUUCCGCAACGGUAUCCGUGGCAUCGUUAUUGUCGAGAACGCCAAGAGCACAACGGUGAUGGUGGAGAGGGCGGAAACGGGCUAUAAGGUGUCCCUAAAACUGGCGUCUGGCGAGCCAGCAGAAUGCAAGGUGAGCGAGGUGAUGGAGGGCGCCGACGCGGACAUGAGCAAAUCCGCCGUACUGAACACUGUUUCGACACACCUGCUCAGCGGCCACAAUGUCGCCUUGAUCGCCGUCGACAGAGAAGAGAAAAUGUCGGCAGCCGUAGAGAAUGCCAUCGUCACAUUCUACGCGGGAUCGCUUGGGAAGCUGGUGGGAGACCACGAGUGGAGGGCAACCUUCUCCGCGGCAGCGAUUUCGGGUGCGACCAACUACCGCGACCUGCAGGACGACAAGGCGACGGCGGCCCUGCCGAAGGCCAUCGCGCUCGGCUCCAACCCCAUCUGCGGCGCCUGCAUCAUGGACCUCAAGAAGGUGAUGAUGAAGGACGUAGAGACGGUGGCAGUGCACGUGAAGGGUGUGCUUGCGAAAAAGACGCACCCGCGGGAGACCGUGCUCAUGCAGGCCAUCUUGCGCAUCCGCAUGGAGAAGGACUUGUUCAUCUGCUCCAUGAACGCCUACGUCGUGCGCGACAGCGAGACAGCGGAGGCCUUGGCGAUCCUCGACGACCGCCGCGUGCCAGUUCCAGUGCUGCGCCCCGCCAUUGGCGGGUCGACGUGCACGACCGCCGUCAUGUUCCUCUCCGGCGCUGCCCCGGCGGCGGCGGAGGCAGAAGCGAUGCGCAUCAUGGGCACCCUGUGUGCGAAGGAGAGCUCGCCGCCUCGCAGCGGUAAUGUGCAGUGCUUCAUCGAGUACGCGGACGAGCAGAUCAAGAAGAUCGGGGAGAUGGAAAAUCUCAGCAGCGCUGAGAAAGACCGCUGCGCGCGCAUGGUGAAGAGGAUGCGGACAAUGGCGAGCGAUGCAAGGGAGCUGAUCGGCAACAUGGAGAUGGAGCCAAGCGUGUACCCUAUUCAUAGCAAGAGCAGCGCCCCCAGCGUGGCCGCACUGGCAGCAGCUGACAAGGAGAGCAAUGCCAAAGAGGCCGCUGCGCUGACCGAAGCCGCCAAGACGGGCGACAUCGCCGCAAACAGGAAGCCGAAGCAGGCGGCCGUCCCCGACGGCAAGGCGCCGACUGCGGAGAAGCAUGCACUGCACUCGAAGGCAGACGCUGCGACGCCGGCGGCACCAGCGAGCCCCUUCAACUCAAUCCACCGUCUAGCGUACCUGCAAGACGCCAUUGCGCCGUCUAUCGGAAAGGUGGUGCAGGUGAUCGUGGACGGCGGGAUGAAAGCGUAUGACGUGGACGAGUGCAUUGAACGCCCUGCCGGCGCAAAUGUGCACGCCGUGGGAGAGUCCAACGAACUGAGGCGCAUGGCGGCCUUGGUAGCCGCCGGCUUCAACGUCGCCCUGCUCGGCGCGGAGUUCACGGAGCCGACGCGACCGGGUGCGCAGAUGACGUGGCAGUAUGUGAGACUCUUGCUCACGUUGGUGCUCAAGUCUGCCGAGCCGGAGACGGCAACGGAGGCGACGCUGCACAUGUCCGUGGUGCACGAGCGCGAGGUCCUGGCGGACCUGGGCUCCGGCGACACAGCACGACAUUCCCUGGUGGUGGCCAUGUCGCCCCUCUUUGGGCCUGUGGUGCAAGGCAGCACCGGGGUAAAGGCCAGCACGCCAGAGGAGUUGGAGGAGGUGAUGAGCAAGACACUCGCCAACGCCAAGCCGGCGCUGAAGGAUGGCGCCAUGAUUGUGAUGACAGCGGUGGUGCGACAGAACCGCCACGACGAUGUGAUGGUGGGCUCCGUCUUCGCCGUCUCGUCGGCGGACCUGCGCCCGUACAAGAGCAUUCUUGAGCACAACCCGAGUUACUGUCGAACUCUCUUUUCUUACGCCCUCGGUGGCCCGUCGUCUACUGGCGUUCUCAUCACAGCCUCCCGCAAGAUGAAUGCGCCGGAGCUGGCGAACGCGUUCAGCAUGCAGCGCAACGUGGCUCACGUUGGAGUGCCGGCCUCGCGCAGAGGGAGCGUGAGGGAGUUUAUCCAGUAUGCACGCGGCUCGCUGGAGCGGCAAAAGAAGAAAGUGGCCGCGGAGACGGAGCCGGCAGAGAAGGAGGCGGCGGAGAAGAGUCUAUGUCGCCUCGCGGAGAGCCUGCGCGACCACGAGGAGCUGUUGGCCAACCCGAAGACUGCUGAGGUCAAAGCCUACCCACCCGAGUCUGUUGCAGGAGUUGCGUUGUCGCCGACGGCAAGGGAGUGCCCGGGCCGCGCGGCGACACCGCCGGAGUUGCAACAGUUUCUGGAGCGUGGCGCCGAGCUCCAGCGUGAGGAGGCACAGAAGGGCACCGCGAGGGUGACCCCAGAUGCGGAUCGAGCACCACAGCCACAAGAGGCCAAGUCCGAAAAGCUGCAAUCACUGCAAGCGCAUCAGACGGAGGAGCCAAAACUGCAGAAAGAAGAGUUGCGGAAGCCGCAGCCCGCCGAGGAGCAGCAGACACCACAGCAAGGGAACGCAUUCAAGGAGGAGCCGCAGGAAGCCGUGCAGGACGACAACACACAGGCGGUGCAGAUCCUGGCCGUCAUCACAGAGGACAUUUGCAGUGGCUUGCAGGUGAAAGAGGGGUGGUCAGUAGAGAGCAGCGGCGAGCAGCUCAUCGUCACGGAUGUCCAGGGGCCGCACAGCUUCCUGGUGGACGAGGUGGUAGUGCGGCAGAACCGCGGCUCACCCAUCGACUCGACAGUGCUCGAGGAGUUGCGCCACCGUUUUUUGCAGGGCAACAAUGUAGCCCUCCUCACCACUGAGGCUCGCGGCUCUAUGGCGAGCCUGGAGAUGGUGGACCGCACGGUGCGCCGCAUUCUGGGCAAGAUGCCGCCGUCCAACUCGCUCUUUAUGUCGCUCUGUGCACUGAAGGAGAAGGAGAACGCCGUGCUCGACACGCUCACCGACGGCGGUGAGUUCCAGACCGUUGAAUUGAACGCGUCGCCCCUGUUCGGCCCGUCGAUGGCCGGCGCCAACUUCGUAAAGGUUAGCAUGGUGGAACAGUUCUCAAAGCUGAUGGGCGGUGGCCUUCGCAAGUGCGGCCAGAGUCGCGCGUGCGUCGUACUGCAGCUCGUGCAGGUGGAAAUUAGGGAGGAGCAGCAGGACGUCAACGUGUCCUCGCUUCUCGCUCUCAUGUGCCCUGGCGACACCUCCAUCUACCGCCACGCGCUGGACCAGCCAGUCAGGGAGCACGGGCUGCUCUCCCUGGUCUUCAGCGGUUCCUGUUACACGGUCUUCGCCGUUGGCCUGACGAGGCAGCCGAUCGACGAGGGCUGCCUGAUUCUCCCGCGCCUCGGGCAGGCCUUCAAGGGCUCGGUGCGUAACUUCAAGCCACGCGGUGGCAGUGUGAAGCGUUUCAUUGAGCACACCAACAGAGUCGUCGCGUAUAUGCAGCAGAACUGUGAGCGCACCACCUCCGACGAGGAGAAGGCGAAGAUGCAGGGGUACAUCGACGCGGUGAAGUUUAUACUGGAGCAGUCCGAGGCCUACCUGGCGGACCCCGUUAACAAGAUGCCGCCGAGCUUCCCCGACGUGCGCGAGCGCCGUAAGCGCUAG